AUGGAAUCAGGGUAUGACAUUAAUAGUCUGUUUGAAGAAGCACAAAGGCGGUGGCUGAAGCCAGCAGAAGUGCUUUUUAUAUUACAAAAUCAUGAUAAGUAUCAGUUCACACAGGAGCCACCUCAAAAGCCAACCAGUGGAUCUUUGUUUCUAUUUAAUAAGAGAAUUCUGAGGUUCUUUAGAAGAGAUGGUCAUAGUUGGCGUAAAAAGAAGGAUGGAAGAACGGUUGGGGAAGCACAUGAAAGGCUCAAGGUUGGAAAUGUUGAGGCUUUAAAUUGUUAUUAUGCACAUGGUGAGCAAAACCCAAGUUUUCAGAGACGCAGCUAUUGGAUGCUGGACACGGCGUUUGAGCACAUCGUGCUUGUCCAUUAUAGAGAGAUUACUGAGGGAAAACCCUCUCCUGGAUCUGCUGCACAGUUGUCACCCGGAUUCUCUCACAGUCCUAGUGCUAAUACUGGUCAAACGCGAGGAUCUACCCCUGUAAUUAGUGGUGUAUAUGAACCAUCUCAGAGUUUGUGUAGUCCAGCAUCUGUAGAAGUUAGCUCUGGAUUAGGCAUCAAGGACAAUGGGGUGGAUAGUACUGCAGAAUUUACUAGUUCUGCUGAUAACGAGGUUACUCAAUUUUUGCGAAGGCUGGAGGAGCAGUUGAGUUUGAAUGAGGACAGCAUGAACGAAAUUGCCCCAUUAGCUGGUGAAGAGGGAGCGACAAAUGAUUCAAAAAUUCUGGAAUACGUAAAUAACAUCUCCAAGGAGGAUCAAUCUAAGAAUUUACUUCACGGAUCACAGUAUAUUGUUGAUUAUCAAUCUUAUGGUGGACAUGCUGGAAAGCAGUUAGAGAGAAACAACCUUGCACCACUUCAGGAUCAAGGUGAUGGUGGCGCAUAUUCAAAUUAUUAUACAGAUGCAAGCAAAGAACCCCUUUCUUGGGAUGAAAUGUUUGAAUCCUAUAAGGCUUCAUCAGGCAUUGAGUACCAGGAAAAGCCCAAUUCUUCUUUAAGGAUGGAACCAGCUCAAGAGCAAGAAAACUCUCAUUGGAUAAAUUUCAAUGAUGGAAACUGUACGAUAUCUUAUGCCCUUGAUACUUCUUUGUUGCUGCCUCAAGAAGUUGAAAAUUUCGAUAUUCCUACAUGUUCUUCUGUUAUAGAAACACAUGAAAACAAUUCCAACUACUACUCGAUGCUAUAUGAUCAAGGCCAUCUUGGAAUACAAAUUGAAGCAGAUUCAAGUUUGACAGUUGCUCAGCAGCAGAAAUUUACUAUCCGUGAAAUAUCCCCAGAAUGGGGCUAUGCCAUUGAGGCUACAAAGGUCAUCAUUGUUGGAUCUUUUCUCUGUGACCCAUCAAAAUCUUCUUGGACGUGCAUGUUUGGUGACACUGAGGUUCCUCUUGAAAUCAUUCAAGAAGGCGUUAUUCGUUGUGAGGCUCCUCCUCACGGGCCUGGAAAGGUCACUAUCUGCAUUACUUCUGGCAAUCGGGAGUCCUGCAGUGAGAUCAGAGACUUUGAGUACCGAGCUAAGGAUAGUAGUUGUGCUCGCUGUAGCUUAUCCCAGACAGAAGCUACUAAGAGUCCAGAAGAGCUAUUGUUACUUGUCAGAUUUGCGCAGAUGCUUCUGUCUGAUUUCUCUUUAGAGAGAGGAGACAGCAUAGAAACAGGAAUUAAUCAACUGGGAAAAUUGAAGGCUGAUGAUGAUUCAUGGGGUUAUAUCAUAGAGGCUCUUUUAUUUGGCAGUGGAAAUUCGUCCACGACAGUUGAUUGGCUUCUACAACAACUUCUGAAAGACAAGCUGCAGCAGUGGCUUGCAUCCAAGUCUCAGGAAGGACACGACCAACCUGGAUCCACAUUGUCCAAGAAAGAGCAAGGGAUAAUACACAUGGUUGCUGGGUUAGGCUUUGAGUGGGCCAUAAGCCCAAUUCUCAGUCAUGGAGUCGGUAUCAAUUUCCGUGACAUUAAUGGGUGGACUGCUCUCCACUGGGCUGCUCGCUUUGGAAGGUAA